AUGAACACAUCGUUCUUGUCGCUGAGUGGCUCAUCGACCACAUAUACUAUAGAUGAAAUACCCACAUUGAUAUAUACUCCUGAUCGACCCGAUAGCACCUACCUGAACCAAUCAAGUUCAACAGCCACCACCACCAAUUCACUAGCAUAUGAAGAAAACACAUUUAUCAACUGGAGCCAAGAAACACAGCUCAUACCACGUCUCCCGUCCAAUUUAUCCAAGAAGUGGAUCACCCUUGUUCUACUGGCAUUAGUUUUAGGAUACACUGCAGCGGCAAUCGAUUUGAUUUCAGUCUCCCUCAAUGAUUUGAAAAAGGGUAUUUGUUUAAGUAACUUGGAUGCUUGGAGUAUUUUCAAUCCAUACCUGACGUGUCCGGCUGAUGAGUGGUACAAUUGGUCGAGACUAUUGACUGGCUCCAACGCAAUAUGGAGUAACAUUAUUAUCAAUUUCCCCAUAUAUUUCAUUUUCGCCGUGCUAUUUGCCAUGGGCGCUAGCUAUCUUACUAUCAAUCGAGAACAUCUAAUACGUCAAUCGGGUAUACCUGAGAUCAAAUUACUCAUAUCUGGUUUCAACUUAAAUGUUAGCAAGUAUUUGGGUUUACAUACAUUGUUGUACAAGAUUGUUGGGUUAAUACUAGUUGUUAGUUCAGGCCUAUGGUUAGGUAAGGAAGGACCCUUGGUCCAUGUUUCUUGUUGUGUAUUCAACAUCAUUUAUGAGUUUUUCAUACUGAGGAAUUUUGGCAGCAAGCCGAAUGAAGCAGUACGUAGAGAGAUCCUUAGUGCGGCCACGGCAACAGGAAUAUCUGUCGCUUUUAAUUCACCAAUUGGCGGAGUGUUGUUUGUUUUGGAGAGUAUGCCGAGUUAUUUCAGCCCCACUAAAAUUAUGUGGAACUCUUUUGUUGCAGCUACAGUGGCAAUAAUUGGUUUAACAGGAUUCAAUGCGUUUACUGACGGUAGUAACUUCACCGAACAAGAUUUGUUUCAAGUCAACUUUGGUAAUUUUAGCUGGUUGUUUUUGGAGGUUAUUCCAUUCGUUAUUUUGGGAGCUCUUGGUGGCAUGUAUGGUUAUUAUUUCACCAAACUCAAUCAACUUUUUCAACAGAGAUCGUUGCGGAGAAAAGUGCAAUCAAUAUUGGUGCAACUCAGCAAGGUUGAUAUUAAGUGGGGCCCCUAUUUGGAAGUUUUAGCUAUAGUCGUGGUCACCACGACUUUCAGCUUCCCAUUUGAAAUUUCAAAGUUACCCUUGGGCUCUUAUCUAAUUUUAUUAUUCAAGGAGUGUCCCAAAGAAGCAAGCGAUGACACUAAUGCCGAGGAUUUUCUUUGCCUGACGUCAAAUGUAGUGACUCUGUUGAAGUUACUUUAUAUUCUUGUGCAAGGGUUUGGACUUACUGCUUAUACAUUUGGAGUUGACUUACCUGGGGGUAUUUUGAUGCCUUCAUUGGUUUUGGGUGCCACUACGGGGAGGCUUGUGGGAAUCUUGAGUCAGGUCCUACAAUCAAAAUUUAGCUGGGAGUCGUUGGCCACUUGUACGGAAAAGUCGUGCGUUGUUUCGCCAUCAUCGUAUGCAGUUAUUGGUGCUGCAUCAUUCAUGACGGGUAUUACUAAAUUGACCAUGUGUGUCGUUGUCAUUAUGUUUGAAAUGACUGGUGCUGUAUCCUAUGUAUUACCAAUCAUGUGCGGUGUUGUCACUUCCAAAUUUGUUAAUGAUUGGCUCACACCGUCAAAUAUUUAUGAUACAUGGUUGCAAAAUAAUUUUAAUAGACCUGGCCUGGGGUCGGAUCUAACUUCGGGAAUGAUCAAUGAAGGUAAAGGUACCGGCAUUGUGUCAUUUUCCAAUUUAACGUCAACAAUAAAAUCAAAACUUCCUGAUGUAACUGUACGUGCAUUGAUGGUACCAUUGGAGCAAGUGAAAUGUCUUUGCUUGGUUAAUGAAGGCGAACCUUAUAAUGUCAAUUAUUUGUUUGAGUUUAUCAAUGAUGAUACGCAUGAAGGGUACCCCUUGAUCAUUAACUAUUCUAAUCCUGUGUAUAUUGGUUAUGUCACCAAAUCAGAACUUGUCAGCAAGUUGCAAAGCAUUACUCGUCAAGACUCGUCAGAACCAGUGUCGUUCCAGGUUGAGAACUUACCCAAGACUGCUUUAUCAAUGCAAUUGCAUUAUGAACGGAAAUACAACUGCAUUCAUAUGGAUUUAACUAUUGAGCCAACGCCGUUAUGCACAAAUGAACUAUCACCAGCGAUUUUGAUUUUAGAGGAGUUUGAAAAGUUGUACUUGAAUCAUCUUGUUAUUUUGAGUACCAAUAAUAUCGAAAACCAAAUAAUGGUGGGCUUUAUUGAUCGAUUUAUUCUAGCCAAUGUGAUUAAUGAUAAGUUUGGUAAAUUGGUUAAUGAAUUGGCUGAUUUUGAAGCGAUCAAUGAAUAUGACUUGGAAACUGCUGUCGGUGAUGAUGAGGAUGAAAUGAUGAAGUUGCGAUAUAAUAGAAAGAGUAUAGAGUUGAUUACUUGA